AUGGGCGAGUCAGAGCUGGAGGCGGUUGAGCAGGAGCUGGCUGACGGCCGCGGCAGCAGGGACCGCCUAAGCGCAUACAAGGGGGACGAGCAGCCGGCCGGCGCCAACGGCGCGAAGCGGGCCCCCACGCGCGCCGGCGGCCCGGGGCGGGCGGCGCAGCUGCUGGCUUGCGUCAUCUCACCGGUAUUUGUCAAUGCAUUCACGCUGACAUUCCUGGCAGAGUGGGGCGACCGCAGCCAGAUCGCAACCAUCGGCCUCGCCGCGUCCUCGGACGUGUAUGGCGUCACCCUCGGAUCGAUUAUCGGCCACGCGCUGUGCACGGCGGUGGCCGUGCUGGGCGGCCGCCACCUGGCAGUGCACAUCGACGAGCGGACGGUCGGGAUUAUCGGCGGCAUUCUCUUCGUGCUGUUUGGCCUGCACUCGCUGUGGGAGGGCCCGCAGUGA